AUGAGCAGCACUGAGCGAUUCUACUUCAAAAAGGACUACGAGACCUUCAAGUUACGAUUCACCAUUUUCAAUUUGUUUCCACUGGCUAUCGCGUAUUUCUUCCCAUCACGGCCUAUGGAUGCGAUAUGCCAUUUCUUGAUGGUGUGGUAUUACUGUACUCUUACAAUCCGAGAAAGCAUUCUUAUCAUCAAUGGCUCCAAAUUGGGUUCCUGGUGGGUGGCUCAUCACUAUCUGGCUUGUGUGAUCGGUGGUGUGGCUCUUACUUGGCCAGAUGAUGCUUCGUAUCAGGCUUCCACUCAACAAUUCUUGCUGUUUGGCCCGGUUAUAUAA